GGUACAAAACCGCACAAAAACGUAAUAUGGCAAUAAAGUGGCAAAUAUCUAUAAAUAAACUGGAAAGGUAUAAUUAUAUUGCUCCUACUCGUCUAGUAGGCUUUAGUUUUUGCUUCACUUCUGCAGACUGCCUGUCAAUCAAUAGAUCAGCUAGCCACGCCCCCGUUCAUUCACCUAACGCAUCCGUACAACACGCAACUAACCCAUUAACGGCCCUAAACUAAUAAUUAAAAACCAUUACACAAACGGGAAUGGAAACCACAACACGCCGGUCCGACUGGCGCGCAUCCAAACUACAACUCACUUAUUAUAUUCUAUGAGCUGGCUAUAAACGUAUUCCUGAACAUAUCACGUAGACGACUACUACCAAUUUCAACCAAUCACAACGCGACUAUUCAACUUAAUAGCUCAGGCCACGCCCAAUCACGUAACCGCCUAUUACGGCCCGUGUAACGACGCAGCCUUUUAACUUCGCGAUGACGGCCGAUCGAUGCCGCCGUCCUUAACGGCGGGCUAGCGGCGUCCCGCUCCGCGAGCCGAGGGUGCAUCGGGGUGUCUAGGUUGUGUGAUAGAGUCGUGUUUGGCGCGUGCUUCGUUUCAGUUGCACGUCCGCGGCCGCAGGAGGGGGACGCAUGCAACUGUUUUCGAUAAUCGGUCUCUGUACGUGAAGAGCGGGCAGUAGCGCGCGGGUCACGUCCGCGUAAAAACGGAUAUAUGCCCAGAAUAUUUAUUAAGUGGGUGGUUGUGCGUGACUUUUCCCCGGCGACUACCCGUAAAUGAUCACCCGAAAUAGAGCUUGUUUGAUAACUGAAGUGACAUCGGACUGAAAUCCGGAACAGCUGUUAGUGUUUACGUGAACAUAGACAAGGAACAGUUUUGAUAGUUGGGAUGUGUCGGGGAAUUUAAGUGAUGUUGCCGUAUCAGGCAGUGGCCAUGGACUAUGCAGUGGCGUCUGGGUUCCACCACCACCAGAGGGGGGGCGGGUUGCCCGGGGUGAUGGGGCUGCCCGGGCCGGCCCCGGGCCUCAACCCGGCGCUGAACCCGGCCUUCACCCAUUCCUGGUUCGUACAGACAAGCCCGGAUAUCUGUCGCCAGCAACCAGCAACCAAUCUCGAACCUGGCAUUCUCGAGUUGCGGAAAGAAAAAAGCCGAGACGCGGCGAGAUCUCGCCGUGGAAAGGAGAACUACGAGUUCUACGAGCUAGCGAAGAUGCUGCCGUUGCCUGCCGCCAUCACCAGCCAGCUGGACAAGGCGUCCAUCAUCAGGCUCACCAUCAGCUACCUGAAGUUAAGAGACUUCUCCGGGCACGGGGACCCGCCGUGGAGUAGGGAUCCGCCGCCGAGUAGUAAGACUCUUAAAGGAGCCCAGAACCGGCGGACGGCGAUCGGGCUCGCGCUGGAGCUGUUCGAGCAGCAUCAGGGCACACACAUACUCCAGUCGCUGGACGGUUUCGCGCUGUCGGUGGCGGCAGAUGGGAGGUUCCUGUACAUAUCUGAAACUGUUUCUAUAUAUUUAGGAUUAUCACAAGUAGAAAUGACUGGCAGCAGUAUAUUUGACUACGUGCACCAGGCCGACCACGCCGAGAUAGCGGAGCAACUAGGGCUGUCGCUCGCGGGGCGGUCGGGCGCUGGGCUCAAUAGUCCGGCCUCUGGCAGUGAAGAGGGCAGCCAGCAUGGGACUAACAACCCUGACGUGUCAUCAAUAAUGAGUCUAGCAGCAAGUGGGAGCCUGUUCCGAGGUAUGGACCGCGCCUUCUGCAUCAGAAUGAAAAGUACCCUCACCAAGCGGGGCUGCCACUUCAAGUCGUCGGGAUACCGGGUAGUGUUAAUGUUAUGCCGUCUGCGGCCGCAGUACACGUUCUCUCACAGCCGGAAGUCGCCGCCGGCGCUGCUGGGAAUGGUGGCGCUGGCCAUCGCGAUGCCGCCGCCCUCGGUGCACGAGAUCCGGCUAGAGUCAGACAUGUUCGUCACUAGGAUCAACUUCGACUUCAGGAUCGCGCACUGCGAGCCCAGCAGGGUGUCAGAGCUAUUAGGCUACACGGCGGAGGAGCUUACGGGGAAGAACCUCUAUGCGCUUUGUCACGGAGAAGAUGCAAAUAAACUUAGGAAAUGCCACGUAGAUUUAAUGAAUAAAGGCCAAGUGCUGACGCACUACUACCGCGUGAUGAACAAGCUCGGGGGCUACACCUGGAUGCAGACCUGCGCCACCGUCGUCUGCUCGUCCAAGAACGCAGAGGAGCAGAACAUCAUCUGCGUCAACUAUGUUAUAAGCGGGCGCGAAUACGCUAACACUGUAAUGGAUUGCUGCCAAAUGGAAGAAAGUGUGCAAGGCGUGAAGCGAGAAGAGACGACGGGAGACCCUGAAAACGGGCCCCCGGACGCCGACAACUCUGGUAAUCCGCCGCCUCCCUCGCGACACCCCGCGGAGAGAACUGAAGCCACAAACAACGCCGAAUCUGCCUCAACAGCCCCAGUACCUACAUCUGACGUCACACACCUCACCAGGCUCAACGACUCUCAACCGCUGCCGUUGCAUACCAACCCGGAAAGAACCUCCCCCAUGCCGGCGAGAAGAAUGAAAAAGAGAAAACAUGCGGAAUGUGAUGAUGAAGAAAGAGACGAAGAUAGACGAAAGAGCUCAUCCAAUCCUGGCGAAGCGAUAUCACCUGCUGAAAGAGAUAUCAAUAAAACGAACUUGUCUAUCCCUGAGGGCUCUUCGGACGCAACUUCUGUUAGAGAUCUAGAAAACGCCAUGUCGAAGCACUUACCUGCCUUAGACGGUAAAGAAAUCUCACAUAGACCGACGGACUUUUCAACAGACGCACUCUUAAAGCAACAGCAACAAAAAUCUACUAUACAGUGGAUAGGGACGCAAAACCAUCACCUAAACCAUUUAAACAGGCAGAUGCCUGGAAACCAUACUUCAACACCCGCCUCAGCGCUACUACGGCAACUUUAUGCUAACAGGGAGAGUGUUAUUAGAAGUAAUUUCCUUGGUGAUGGUAGGACGGGUGGCUAUUAUUCGAGUGACGGUCAGUCAGGCCCGCUACCCACUCCUCCUGGCAGCGAGGGAUCAGGCUAUGGUGAACAACUAGGUCACAAAGGCACCGACAUUGGUACACUGGCCUAUGGUGGUUACGCGGAUUACCAUUCUGCGAUGACUCCUCCUGGAUCCGUUUCUCCUAGGGACAAACAGCAAUACGCUUUGUCGUAUGAUAACAGCGCUUAUUCCGAGGCGUUAAGGCACUCUUAUUUGGGUGAAGCGCCAUUACCGCUGAAGCCACAAGCAUACUCCGCUGUCCCUAGCGCUUUGGACUACACAUCUUCGUUAGAUCAGAGUCAGUUCUUCCAUCCCCCUUCCUCCUUCCAUCUUUACCAUCCCCAGGCUCAUUCGGCCCACACGCCUCACACUCACCAGUCCGUAGAUAAAUCUGCACCUCCCAAUACGAACUGGUACUCGUCAGGUUCAUAGCCACAUAGACAUUAUUAGUUUGGGAUUGUGUAUUGCUUGGAGUGAGCAAUUGCGUUGUGUGUUCAAUAGUUCGUUCAAAUGUUUGUCAAUCGUGUUAAGUUGGUUGUUAAGUUUAGUUCUUUUUUGUUAUAGUUAAUUAUCCUCUAACUGUCUUGAACCAAAACUGUUGUAACCGACUUAUUUGACAGACUGUAAAUAUAUUGGUUUGAAAUUUUUACUUCACAAAAUUGUAUACGGAUACUCUAAUGUCAAUGCUAAACUAAUUAACGACAUUUUAAUACUCAAAGCUUGAAAGGUAAUUUCUUUUUUAUAUGACCCCAAUUAUUAAUACUCUAAGUGUAAGGUAAAACUGUGCCAAAAACUAGGUGCUGAGCACUUGACGACGCAUUUACAGAAACAUUCCAAACCGUUACGAUUUUAUUCCAUUAUCUUUAAGGGUUUAAUAACUUCGCCGCUGUUAAGUUUUAACGUGAACUGCUGCUGCCGUACUAUUUUCGGCUGAAACUUAAAGCGACGAGGUUCUAAGAUCUUAGCUAGGAAUUUGGACAUCUGUGAGCUACCCAUAGCUUAUUGCAUAUCAUUUUAACUUAAGUGUCUAGUUAAUGCUUUUGUAAAUUAUUGUACCAUAACUACACGACUGUACUUAGGCUACUGUACGAAGUGUACGACUCGAUAACUGUAAAUUGUAGGCAAUAAGAACUGUAUAUUAUUUUAGUCGGAAAUAAGAUUUCGUUGUACAUACUACUUAUAUCAUUGUAGGGUAAGCGUUUAGUAAAGUUUGUUCUUUUUGGCAGUGCUCAAAUUUUGUUAAAAAUGUUUUAGUUGUAUUUGAAUUGAAAUGUUACAACGUAAGUUCGUUCCAAAAGCAAUAUUAAUUGUAUACAAAAUGUUCAUACCACUCUACAAAAAUCUCGAUCAAACUGUGAAUGUUCAGCAAUAUAAUAAAUUUACUACAUAUUUACAUUCCCUUUACGAAAAUUCAAUAUUUUAAAAUAUGAAUCAAAUUCUCUCUUACUCUUCAUUAAUUCAAUCAUGAUGAACGAAAUUAAAACGCCGUCAUCGUCAUCAUCAUGACAAAAUAAUUAUAAAAAUACUCAACACAUUCCAGUAAGUAAAUACUUUUAAACCAAAUUAUACUUAUUUUUUUAUAUAUAAUUGAACAAAAAUAGAUAAUUAUUUAAAUUACUAGAUGUAACAGUUAUAAAUAAAAUUGGUAAUAUUUAUGCUAUUAUUAACAGUGCAAUACGAGUGACAAAAGUUAUUCUUUCGAUUUUUAUACGGCUUCGUUAAUGUAUCGUAAUAAUAAGGUAAUUAUCAUUAAUAUUGUAUCAAAGUUGUAAUUUACAUGGGAUUUGGCUUGUAAUUCGAUUGUUUUCAGUUGUACCUCGACUUAAGCCUCUUCUCGUGUACAAUUUUUAUGUUUAUUUUAUUUGUAACAUGAACAAAAAAUGGAGGAUUUUAUUUCUCUGAUUAAAUGAUUAAGAUUUUUA